AUGGCCCAGCGACAGGUGUGGAUAUGGCCCAGCGACAGGUGUGGAUAUGGCCCAGCGACAGGUGUGGAUAUGGCCCAGCGACAGGUGUGGAUAUGGCCCAGCGACAGGUGUGGAUAUGGCCCAGCGACAGGUGUGGAUAUGGCCCAGCGACAGGUGUGGAUAUGGCCCAGCGACAGGGGUCACCCCACGCCCUCUCCAGUACAGGGGUCACCCACGCCCUCUCCAGUACAGGGGUCACCCCACGCCCUCUCCAGUACAGGGGUCACCCACGCCCUCUCCAGUACAGGGGUCACCCCACGCCAUCCCCAAAAAGGGGUCACCCACGCCCUCCCCAGUACAGGGGUCAUCCACGCCCUCCCCACUACAGGGGUCACCCACGCCCUCCCCAGUACAGGGGUCACCCCACGCCCUCCCCAGAUCAGGGGUCACCCACGCCCUCCCCAGUACAGGGGUCACCCCACGCCCUCCCCAGUACAGGAGUCACCCCACGCCCUCCCCAGUGCAGGGGUCACCCCACGCCUUCCCCAGUACAGGGGUCACCCCACGCCCUCCCCAGUACAGGAGUCACCCACGCCCUCCCCAGUACAGGAGUCAACCACGCCCUCCCCAGUACAGGAGUCACCCACGCCCUCCCCAGUACAGGAGUCACCCACGCCCUCCCCAGUACAGGAGUCACCCACGCCCUCCCCAGUACAGGAGUCACCCACGCCCUCCCCAGUACAGGAGUCAACCACGCCCUCCCCAGUACAGGAGUCACCCACGCCCUCCCCAGUGCAGGAGUCACCCACGCUCUCCCCAGUACAGGAGUCAACCACGCCCUCCCCAGUACAGGAGUCACCCACGCCCUCCCCAGUACAGGAGUCACCCACGCCCUCCCCAGUACAAGAGUCACCCACGCCCUCCCCAGUACAGGAGUCACCCACGCCCUCCCCAGUACAAGAGUCACCCACGCCCUCCCCAGUACAGGGGCCACCCACGCCCUCCCCAGUACAGGGGUCACCCACGCCCUCCCCAGUACAGGGGUCACCCACGCCCUCUCCAAUACAGGGGCCACCCACGCCCUCCCCAGUACAGGAGUCACCCACGCCCUCCCCAGUACAGGAGUCACCCACGCCCUCCCCAGUACAGGGGUCACCCACGCCCUCCCCAGUACAGGAGUCACCCACGCCCUCCCCAGUACAGGGGUCACCCACGCCCUCCCCAGUACAGGAGUCACCCCACGCCCUCCCCAGUACAGGGGGUCACCCACGCCCUCCCCAGUACAGGGGUAACCCACGCCCUCCCCAGUACAGGAGUCACCCACGCCCUCCCCAGUACAGGGGUCACCCACGCCCUCCCCAGUACAGGAGUCACCCACGCCCUCCCCAGUUCAGGGGCCACCCACGCCCUCUCCAGUACAGGGGCCACCCACGCCCUCCCCAGUACAAAGGGUCACCCACGCCCUCCCCAGUACAGGGGUCACCCACGCCCUCCCCAGUACAGGGGCCACCCACGCCCUCUCCAGUACAGGGGCCACCCACGCCCUCCCCAGUACAGGGGCCACCCACGCCCUCCCCAGUACAAAGGGUCACCCACGCCCUCCCUAGUACAGGGGUCACCCACGCCCUCCCCAGUACAAAGGGUCACCCAUGCACUCCCCAGUACAGGGUCAUUCUAAAUAAUUGUGAUGGGCAGUGA